AUGGAGACGCUGCUGCGCCUGUUUCCUUCGACACUCAGUCCGGACAUCCAUGUGCGGCGCGCUUCGGAGCAGGAACUGCGCCAGCUGGAGGGGCAGCCGGGCAUGCUCUCGGCGUCGCUGCAAAUCGUCGCGUCGCCGGACGCCGAUGCCACGGUGCGCCAGGCAGCGGCCAUCUAUGUGAAGAACCGCAUUUCGCGUGCGUGGGACACGUCGCUGCCGCGCGGUGCGCACGAGUCCCCCCAUGUGCCCGAGGACGACAAGCCGGUGGUGCGUGCGGCGCUGCUGCCGUCGAUCGCCUCGGUCCCCCCGACGCUGCGUGUGCAUGUGGCGAGUGCGCUGUUCAGCGUUGUGCGCAGCGACUUUCCCGAGCACUGGCCGACACUGCUUGACGAGAUCGUGCAGAGGCUCACGUCGGGGCAGGAGGCGGAGAUGUACGCGGGCGUGCGGGCGCUCCUCGAGGCCGUGCGUGCGUUCCGUUUCUCUGACACGGACACGAAGCUGGAGGGGAUUGUGGCGCGCACCUUCCCGGUGCUGCUGCAGACGGUGAAUGCGCUGAUGGACUCGGCGCAGUCGAACCUGCCGGCGGUCGGCGAGAUGGUGUACUAUGCGAUGAAAGUGUACAAGACGAGUCUCGCGAUCACGCUCACGCGGCACCAGCAGUCGAACGAGAGCAUUGUGCCGUGGGGCACGCUCAUGCUGCGCGUCGUGCAAAAGCCCGUGGACGCUGAGGGCGCGGACGAGGAGGCCAAGGAAAAGGCGCCGUGGUGGAAGGCGAAGAAGUGGGCGUUCUACGCUCUCAACCGGCUCUUCUCGCGGUACGGCAUCCCGUCGCAGCUCUCUGCGAGUAUGGUCUCGUGCAAGCCGUUUGCGGAGACGUUCCUGCACAGCUUCGCGCCCGAGAUCCUCAAAGCGUACCUGCACACAGCGGACGCCAUGGUGUCGCAGCAGCUGUGGGUCAGCCGCCCGGUGGUGCGGCACCUGCUCGCCUUCUUCACCGAGAGCCUCAAGCCCAAGUCGAUGUGGGUGCUGCUGCGCCCCCACAUGCAGCAGAUUAUCGAGACGCUCGUGUACCCCCGCCUCUGCUUCUCCGACGAGGACGAGGAGCUGUGGGAGGUCGACCCGGUGGACUUUGUGCGCAUGAGCGCGGACCCGCUGGAGGAGCUGGGCACGACGGCGAGCGUGGCCAGCUCGCUGCUGCACACGGCCGUGGCGCGCCGCACCGCGUCGAUGCUGGAUCCGACGCUGCAGUUCAUCCUGCAAAUCGUGAACGCGUACGCAGCGGAGCAGUGCACGCCGCGUCAGAUGGACGGUGCGCUGCGCAUGUGUAUCACGAUCUGCACGAGCAUGGUGCACAGCGAGCGGGUGCAGGACCAGCUGGACGCGUUCUUUGCGCAGCACGUGCUGCCUGCGCUCCGGAGCCCGCAUGCCUUUUUGCGGCUGCGCGCGUGUGCGGCGGUGCAGACGUUUGACCAUGCGGGCAUGAAGUGGACGUCGGGCGAGACGCUCGAGACGGCGCUGCGUGGGGUGAUGGACUGCAUGCUCGACACGGAGCUGCCGGUGCGUGUGCAGGCCGCGGAGGCGAUGGGUGAGCUGGUCGCGCACGACGAGGUGCACAAUGCGAUGGCGCCGAAUGCGGGCCGCCUGAUGCAGGAGCUGCUCAAGCUCUCUGACGAGACGGACCUCGAUGUGCUGAUGACGACGCAGGAGAAGAUCGUGAACCAUUUUGCCGAGGAGCUGCUGCCGUUCAGCGUGCAGCUCACGCAGCAGAUGGCGCAGAGCUACAUGCGCCUUGUGCAGGACAACUUGGCCGGCGGCGACGCGGACGCGGAUGGCGUGCACGCCUUCCGGAUCGACCAGGGCGAGGAGGACAAGUACUUUGCGGCCGUCGGCUGCCUGAGCACCAUGUACCAGAUGGUCUCCACGGCCGAGUCGCGUCCUGAGAUCCUCGCGGAGCUCGAGCAGGUGCUGCUGCCCGUCGUGGCGUACACGAUCGAGUCGGAGACGGUCGACCUGUACGACGACUGCUUCCAGCUCACCGAUGUGCUGACGUACUACCAGAAGCGCAUUUCGCCGGGCAUGUGGCACAUCUUCACGCUCAUGUACAAGUCGUUCAAGUCGAGCGGCGUCGACUACCUGUCGGAGAUGAUCGGCACGCUGGACAACUGCGCGUCGUACGGCACGGCCGUCCUGCAGGAGAAGGCCGAGUACCGCCACAUGCUGCUCGAUAUCUUCCACACGGCCAUGACGCACGACCAGCUCGUCGUGAGCGACCGUGUGGCCGCGUGCCAGCUCGCGGAGGUGAUUCUUCUCCUGCUCCGCGGCUACGUCGACGAGGCCGUGCCCGGCAUCAUCGGCACGCUGCUGCCCCACACACAAAAGAGCGCGGAGGCGCCCUCGUUCCAGCUGCGCAAGUGGGCGAUCCUCGUCAUCCUCGAGGCCGUAUACUACAACGCGGCACUGGCGCUCCAGGUGCUCGAGUCGCACGGCGCGACGAGCGCCUUCUUCUCCGCCGCGCUGCCGAUGCUCAGCCAGUGCCGCCGCGUGCACGAGUGUAAGGUGACGGUGGUCGCGCUGCUCUCGCUCCUGUCGCUGGACCCUGCGGCGGUGCCCGAGGCGCUGCAGGCCGGCUACCCCCACCUGCUUGGCGCGCUCGUCACGCAGCUCGCGCUGCUGCCCAAGCUCGUCUCGCGGCGCAAGGAGCUGUCCUCGGCGCUGGACCAGGGCUUCAACGACUUGGAUGACGAUGGCGACCUGGCCGAGUUUGAUGACGACGCGGACGUCGAGGAGGACGACAACGACUACCUGGAGCUCCUCGCCCAAGAGGCUGCGCGCCUCCGGACGCGAGUAAGUGCAGUCGACGACGGCGAGGAUCUCGAUGAGCUCGACGACCUGGACGACGACGAGAUCGGGUACGAGUCGCCCCUUGAGAGUGUGCCCGUGUACGAGCCCUUCCGCACGGUCGUCCAGCAGCUGCGCACGCAGCAUGCGGCGCUCUUCCAGCGCCUCACCGAGGGCCUCAACGAGGCGCAGCAGCGUGACCUGCAGCAGGCGCUGGAGCUCGUGGAUGGCGAAGAAACGGGUACUACGGUAUCGAAUUAG